AACACCUCCAGCGUUCCUUUCGCAAUAUUCCCCACAUAUAUUGCAGAAUAUCAUGCAUUUGAUCAAACAUGGAUUCACCAACUCCUGAAACGCCAGACUCAACGGGCAAAAGAAAACCCCGAACAUGUCCUCACUGUAAGCGUCAUUUUCGCCGCCACGAACACCUCCAACGGCACAUUCGGAUUCAUACAAAUGAAAAGCCAUACAAAUGUACCUGUGGCGCUUCCUUCGGCCGGCGUGAUCUGUUGAAACGCCAUGAGGACAUUGGCCAUUCUCCAACUCCUCCAACUCAGCAACCAUCGCCUGUGACUGGUCAUAGUAACCAGAGUAUCCCAUCAUCAGUGAAUGAUGCCUCCACCGGUAAUUCAAACACAUCGUUUUGGGGACUUCCUGACCUCCAAGGGGCUGGUGUGUCCGCCGCAAUUGAUUCGCAGGGACAAUUUUCAGGCUAUCCAUUUGAAGGGGAUUCAUUGUUCAAUGCCCAAGAUCUUUUGGUUUUACAAGACUUGGAGUCCUUCAGUCAUAAUACAGGCCUCAACAAUGAGUGGACUCUCCCCUCUGAGCCCAGCAUUGUACAAAUUCUUGCUGGGGAAUCCAAUAUGCACCCUACUUAUGUCGGAAGCGCCGGAUAUACGUUACAAGAACAACCUUCUUCGCAACCAGAUCAGUCUCUUAGCCAGCUUCCCAUUGAAAGAGAGUCAGUCGCCGAGUUUGGAGUCUUAACGUUACCUAUUCUGAGAAUCACUGAUGAAUAUCGGAAUCGUCUUCUACGGGCUGUAAGUCAAUCUGGUACGGCAAUGGCUGACGCUCUAUUCCCAUCAUGUCAUUCACUCACUCGAUUUGUGAAUGGAUUCUUCGAUGGUUUCUAUCCUCAUAUGCCAGUCGUCCACAUUCCGACAUUUAGAGUGGAUAACUGUGAGCCGGAGAUUAUCUUAGCCAUGGCUGCACUUGGUGCCCAGUAUCGGCAUGAACAUCGAAAAGCAGUCCUGCUAUUUUAUGCCGCAAAAUCAACCUUAAAACAUCGUGAAACGCAAAAUGGCUGUGAAGGUUUGUCCGAGAGAGAAUUGAUGCUUCAGAUACGGUGCGCUUUUUACCUGAUUGCUUUUGCAACUUGGCAGCGUGAGCCCGACAUUGUACGGGAGGCUUUCAACCUUCAGAGCUUUGUCGCAAGGUGUGUCAGAGAGGGCCAACUAGAUGAGAGUACCCAAAAUCUACAAGAAGAUACAAAUUGGCACUCAUGGGUACAAGAAGAAUCCGACAGGAGAGUCAAGCUAUUCUCUUUCGCCCUCCUCAAUCUACAUGGCAUAGCAUUCAGUACUCCGCCAGUCAUAUUGGCCGACGAAAUCAAUCUCCGCCUUCCGUGCAGCUGCUUCGAAUGGAUUGCCCCGAAUCAGCAUAAAUGGUCAAUGGUGCACAAGCUAGACAAUGCACAACAAAUGCCUUUCCAAGAGGCCCUUUCGCAACUAAUGAAAUCUCCCAGCGACACCCAGGCAUUAAACUCCCAACCUGUACCAUCGCCUUUGGCAAACUACAUUCUUCUACAUGCCUUAAUACAGAGAAUUACACUUGUACAGCAAGCAUUUGGCUCAUACAAUGAUGUGAAUGACACCUUACUCAAUGGCCAGAAAGAGGUCAUCCGAAAUGCCCUCCACGCAUGGACAUCCCAAUGGCAACGAGCUCCCGAAUCAAGCCUCGACCCUCGCAAUCCCAACGGCCCAGUCACAUUCACCUCAACAGCAUUACUGGGACUAGCGUACGUCCGACUCGCUCUAAACAUAGGCCCAUACAAAAUCCUCGGGUCUCGGGAUCCACAACAAAUCGCAAACAGACUCCUACAGAUGCCAAAACUACCCGCUGGUCCCCAUUUACUGCCUGCAAUCUUGCAUGCGACUCAUGCGUUGAGUAUACCAGUUAAGCUGGGCGUCAAUUUCGUUGCGAGGAGCCACGCAUUCGUGUGGAGUAUUCAGCAUUCACUUUGUGGAUUGGAAUUUGCGAUUUUCCUCAGUAAAUGGCUGUUUUGUAUUUCUGAUUGUCAGACAAGGAGGCCGCUCGAUGAGCAUGAGAGUCGCUUGAUUAGCUGGAUCGGGGAUAUUGUUGAAGAGGGGAGAACGUCGGGAGAUGAAGAUUUGUGGUCUAGGCCUACGUUGUCAUCGAAUUGUGUUUAUCUGGGCUUCGCUGUGGUGAAGCUUUGGGCGCGAUUGAUCCGAGGAAAUGAACAAUGGGCGAUAUUGAAGGUUAUUGGGGAGGGACUUGAUAUAUAUGCUGAUACAUGCGAGCAAAGAUUUGCUAGUUCUCUGAAAGAUCAAUGAAUAUAUUGCUGGUAUUGGUAUCAG